CGCCGAGUUCAAAAUGGAAGAAGCCCUUGCAGAGUGUGAUGCUUGUGGACCCCUGAAAAAAAGAUUUCCUGGACGAAAAUAGCUGAAAAGCAUAGUGUUGUGCGCUCAACUUUAACUCUCAAGCACCAAAGGGAGACGCGUUCGGUUCAUGACGCGCACCUCGCACAGCGCAACUUAUCCCCACAAGAGGAAGCAGAGCUUAUAAACUAUAUAGAGCAACUCACAGCUGAUCACUUGCCACCUACAAGAGAGAUGGUACAGAAUUUCGCGCCUGAUAUAGCUGGAAAACGCGUCUCAAUAAGCUGGGUUGACCGCUUUGUCAACAAGAAUUCUGAACAGCUCACCACCCAAUGGUCAACGUCAAUGGACCGCGAUCAUCACGCCGCGGAUUCUCACAAGAAGUGUAAGCAAUACUUUACUAUCCUGCGCGAAAAAAUCAAGUUCUAUGACGUAGAACCUCAACACACAUACAAUAUAGAUGAGAAGGGCUUCAUGGUUGGAGCUAUUGGCAAGCAGAAGCGCAUCUUCAGUAGGCGACUAUUCAAGAAGAGGAGGUUUCGGCAGUAGCUUCAAGAUGGCAAUCGCGAGUGGACAAGCCUUAUUGCAUGUGUGUGCGGUGAUGGCUCAGCGCUCCCGCCAAGCCUCAUAUACGCUGCU